AUGGAGGACCCGUUAGAUACAUGGAUAGAGAGCCAACGAAUUUUGUCAAUUCUUGAGGAAUCUGAUUCAGAAGAAGGCUUGUCUGAUAACGAUGAUGUGGAUGAAGAGAAUCACGUGAGUGUUUGUACUCAACCUAGCGAUACGGAACAACUGGAGAAAAACGUAAACCUGAAAUUAACACGUACUAAAUGUGGGGUGGACGUCGUCGAUGAACUUAGCGCUACGUAUGACGUUAGCCGUAAUUCAAACAGAUGGCCUCUUACAAUUUUUUACGCCAUGUUGAAUAUUUCUGCUAUUAACGGCCUUAUAAUACACCGCAUGAAUAAUAAUAAGCCUAAGGAAAAACGACGUCAUUUUUUGAAAAGCUUAGGUCUUGCGCUCUUCAGUAAUCAUUUGAAAAACCGCCAGAAUUUGAAUCGCUUGCCACGAGAAAUGCGUAAGAGAAUCCGGGAGCUUACUGGUGAUUCAACCGAAGAGCCUACUGCUAAAAUACCAAAUGCCCGCAAAAGAUGCCAAAUAUGCCCAACAAAAAAGGAUCGCGCCAGAAACGAAACAUGUCGAGGUUGUGACAAAUAUAUUUGCCCUGAACAUAUCAUACCUUUCUGCAGUGAUUGUGUAAAUAAUGAGGAUACCAAUCAGUUUUGU